AUGCCGGAUGAUGGAAUAUUGUUUUCUGCUGCUCCCUCGAGCUCCUGUUUGUUCUCGUUUCUUCUCGUCCUGCUUCUCAUGGUUUCCUCUGCUGGUGCGGAUUGCGUCCCAUCCCCGUUCAGCGUGCGGGUUGGCAAUGUGUCUCUCCCCAACAAUCAAGUCGCCCGCGGGCUCGACAUCGCUGUAGGGGUACCUGCUCAGCCGUUUGCCUUCCUUCCGCAGUGGCCACUGAACAACACAUUCGUCUACCCCACGGGCUGGAACUGCGGCACGGACUGGGCUGAAGCGGGCUGCAUGACCUUCCGCGGAGGGUUGUUCGAUAAAUCAAAGUCCACUUCUGUGGGAGCGACCUCUACAGACUCUUAUCCGACAGACAGUUCGCCAUAUCCCUAUCUAGAAAUAUUUAGUGAUACCCUAACCCUCACACCCAGCAGCAUCAAUGUGACCAAAUUUCCUCUUGGAAUGCCGAAGGCAGACUGGGGAGAGGAAGGAUACCAUCCGCAGGCGGCUAUAGGACUGGGCCGCAACUCCACCUUGUUGAAUGCUCUCGUCAGCACUGGCAAGAUCGCCUCAAGAUCCUGGGCCAUGUUUUGGGGCCGUCAAGGAGCGACAGCAGACGCACAAAUGGACGGCAACUUUGUGUUUGGUGGCUACGACCGCGCCAAGGCGUCUGGGACCAACUUCACCCAGGGCUUAGUCUAUUCUAACCCGGCGUGCAGCACUGGCAUGUUGGUAACCAUCACAGACAUUUCAUUGAACUGGAAGAAUGGUACGACCACAAGUCUCUAUGAUGGGAGCCAGUCGGCUGCCAUGUCGGCAUGCAUCGUUCCGGAUUACCCUGUCUUGAUGACCAUCCCUUAUGAGCCAUAUUUCAAACGAUUCACGGCCAUCACGAACGACAGCAUUAUAUCAUUUGGCCGCUCGUUUGGCAUCAAUUAUUAUGGGAUGCUGUAUGCUUCGGGUAAAAGCCCAUACUCUGGCGACCUGUCCAUCACCCUUAGCUCAGGUUUGAAAGCGCGCAUUACCAACGAUCAGCUCGUCAUUCCUAACCUCACAAUCGACAAGACUUCUGGAGCGAUCUUGGCCAACGCGUCCGCUCCCGAGCUUGUACUCAACUCCAUGCAACAAGUAAACGCCGGCGAUUUGCCUCAGCUAGGCCGUCAAUUUCUCAGUAGUGCCUACGUCAUGGUCAACCAAGACGCCGGCCAGUUCACCCUGUGGGCAGCCAAGCCCACAACCGAGGAGGAUCUUGUCGCUGUCAAUUCGGACAAUCGCGUGUACAGUUCCUUUUGCGCGCCAGGAGUGUCCAAUCUCGUCGGUGCCACCCAAACCACCGGCACCACGAGUCCCACUCAAUCGGCCGCGUCUAAUAGCAAUACGGAACAGUCUCAAAGCACCGGACUAUCCUCUGGGGCGAUCGCUGGCAUUGUAGUAGGGGGAGUGGCUGGUGCAGCCUUGGUCGUCGCUGGUGUAUUCUUCGCAAUCAUUAAAAGAAGAAGAAGAAGACAGACGAAACCGUCACCCGAGAUUGCGGAGGCCUUCAGCCCCCCAAAGGUGGUUGACCAGACACCGCGUGCCCCCCAGGAGCUCCCCGGACACUUGCCAAAUGGAAGUACUGAGAGAUGGGAGUUGGAAUGA